AGCCCACUUAACUCCCGCGCUCUGAUGUCACGGACACAUGACCCGGCCCCCUCCAGUGACAGCGCGCGAGGGGGAAACAGGGCCGUUUAAAGCCUACGCCGACACGGCAGGGCGAGCAAGGCGCUCCGCUCGUCCCCCCGCGCGACCACAGAACCACAAGCUGCUCCGCGCGAGGCCAGGAGAGAGAGAGAGAGAGAGAGAGAGAGAGAGAGAGAGAGAGAGAGAGAGAGAGAGAGAGAGAGAGAGAGAGAGAGAGAGGAGGAGAGGAACGCGAAGAAGACAGGAGCGCGGAGGGGAGAGGAGCGUGGAGAGGAGAGAGAGGAGAAAGGAGGACGACGACGCCGGCGCGUAAAUGGUUAAUCCGCACGGGUCAGCUGCAGUCACUGGGACCGGCCGGGUGGUUUAGGACUUCUCAGAAGGGUCAGAGAAACCACAGGAGGGAUUUGAGCGCUCGGGGGGGAAAAAGAAGAACUGACCCAGGAUGGCGUCGAACAGCCUCUUCAGCUCAGUGACCCCCUGCCAGCAGAACUUCUUCUGGGAUCCCAGCACCAGCAGGAGGUUCAGUCCCCCGUCAAACAGUCUACAGCCUAUCUCGGGGAAAAUGAACGAUGUGAACGCUGCUACGGGACAGCAAGAUGCCGCCGUGUCGAGACUCCGGCCGCACGAGAACCGGAGCAUGGUGGAAAUCAUCGCUGACCACCCCGCGGAACUUGUCCGGACUGACAGCCCCAACUUCCUCUGUUCUAUCCUUCCGUCUCACUGGAGGUGUAAUAAGACGCUGCCCGUCGCGUUUAAGGUGGUGGCCCUUGGGGAGGUUGCCGACGGGACGGUCGUCACGGUGAUGGCGGGCAAUGACGAGAACUACUCUGCGGAGCUUCGGAACGCCUCGGGCGUGAUGAAGAACCAGGUGGCGCGCUUCAACGACCUGAGAUUCGUCGGCCGCAGCGGAAGAGGCAAGAGCUUCACUCUGACAAUCACGGUAUUCACCAACCCGCCACAAGUGGCCACUUACCACCGAGCCAUAAAGGUCACCGUGGACGGCCCGCGCGAGCCGAGGAGACACAGGCAGAAGCUGGAGGACCCGCCCAAAGCCGGCAUGUUCUCAGACCGCCUCAGCGAGCUGGAGAGACUCCGACACACCACCAUGAGGGUCACCGUGCCAACGCAAAGCCCCCGCCCACCAUUCAACACGGGAGCGAACUCCUUCCCUUCCCAGGGGCAGACACAAAUAUCAGACCCGCGGCAGGCCCAGUCCUCUCCCCCCUGGUCGUACGAGCAGCCGUACACGCCCUACCUCAGCCCCAUGACCUCCCCCUCCAUCCACUCCACCACCCCCCUCUCCUCCACCCGAGCCACCGGCCUCCCCGCCAUCAGUGAGGUGCCCCGCCGCCUCUCAGCAGGGGCGUCGGACCUCAGUCCGUUCUCGGACCCGCGGCAGUUCGAGCGGCAGUUCCCGGGGCUCCCCACCCUCACCGAGACCCGCUUCUCCAAUCCCAGAAUGCACUACCCCGCCACCUUCACCUACACGCCCACGCCCGUCACCUCGGGCAUGUCGCUGGGCGGCGCCCACUACCACACCUACCUGCCGCCGCCCUACCCCGGGUCCGCCCAGAACCAGAGUGGGCCCUUCCAGACCAGCAGCACGCCCUAUCUCUACUAUGGAGCCUCCUCCGGGUCGUACCAGUUCUCCAUGGUGCCCGGGGGGGACCGCUCGCCGUCCCGGAUGCUCCCGCCGUGCACCAGCGCCUCCACCGGCGGCUCGGUGGCGAACCCCGGCCUGCCGGGCCCGGCGGACGGCGUGGAGGGGGACGGCAGCCACAGCAGCUCCCCGACGGUGCUCAGCGCCAGCGGCCGCAUGGAUGAGUCCGUGUGGCGGCCAUAUUGAAGCGCGCUCGCCGCGCUCCGACGCGUCCGACUCUUACUGCCCACGGGGAAGCACAACAUUCCGCAAGGAUUCCGUUCGCUCGUCGCUUUCUCUUUUUUAUUUUAUUUUUUUACCCGCCGCUCUUCUUUCUUUUGGGCAGGAAUGAUUACGUCCAAUUAUGUAUUUUUGGUUUUUUUUUGUCCCGACUUUACAUUUGGGAUAAGAUCGAAGAGACUUUUUUUUUUCUCUCAAAUACGUACAGACUGCAGUGGUUCCAGACCAGGAAGCAGGCGGUGGUCUGGAGGAGGAUUAUGAUGCUUUCCUGGAUAAAACAGCCAUUAUUUUACUAUUUUUAUAUAUUUGGACAAACGAAAUGGACCAGUUAGCCAAGCGAAGAAAAGAAAGCAAAAAACAAAAAAAAAGAGCUUCCAUUUUUUUCAUCCUACCAAACUUAUUAUUUUCAAGCCUAUUUGCUGAGACUUUUUAUAUUAAAUUUAAUGCUGCAAAUUUAGCACUGACAGACAGUCUGCUUAUUAUAUAUAUUUGUGUGUAAUCUGUGGCACUCGACACUAACUGCAGUGUGGAGGUCUAUUAUUGUUCAUUUAAUUUAAAAUUGUAAAUUGUAACUACAAAGUUGGUACUGGUUGAGAAAUAAUCUCUUAUAAAAGCCAUAAAUUAUAUUAUGUUUUGAAAAAUAUUUUUGGAUUAAUCUCUUAUUAAGUUAACAGUGAUCUUCUUAAGUAAUUUAAAGAUUAUGUCUAUCUUGGAGUACCCAAAAUCGCAGUGUUUAUUGACUUUCUUUUAGUUGGAAAAAAAAGAUGGAAUAAGAGGUUUUAAAUGACUCAGUUUCCAAAUUAAACAGCACAGCUUUCUGAGCACCACCGUUCCAGGAGAUAAAUCUAAAUCUGAAUCACUGUAAUUCACACACAAAGAUCCAUUAUGCACCAGGAGCAUCGUAAAAACAUGGACUCUUAGACAGCCCUUACUGCAAGACUGGGGGAAAAAGCAACACUCCGAUAAUGUUUAGUUCUUUUAAAAUAUCACACAGAAAAAAAAAAACACACAAAAAACUUACGAGAGGAAAAUCUACCAUAUUUUAGAAAUUAUUUUUUAAAAACGUGAUGUUUUCUUUGGUGAAUUUUGUCAAUUUAAUUUAUUUUGUUUUUAUUUUUCUUACUUAUGUCUGUUUGUCUUUCGAAUAAGUCCAGCACAUUUAAACAUCCCCGCCACUUAAACUCAUUCACAGUAACAGAAGCUGUAAACCCUUAUCCAGCCUAAUGAAAAUGCACAGCCAGCAUAUAGAUCCACGUGCAAAUAUUUCUAUAUUUCCAUAAAUAUGCAGUGCAUUGCCUUGUUGCACCUGUAUAAAAAAAAGCUUUAAUAUGUCAUAUGUGUACGUCAAGUCUCCAAAUAACAUGUCUGUCGACUGAAUGACAUUCCAGCUGCAAAUCACCCAUUUAGCCCUCUUAUUAGCUGGACUGAAGCUCAGGGUUGCCAGAUUUAGAAUUUGUCAAUGCCGGGAAACAUGCACAGAUGAAAGCAUCGUUGGUCCAGGGCGUCACUGAUAGGGCCUCAAUAACGGGGCAUCAAAGUCGUAAUUCAUUACAAACUACCAGCAAAUUUCUACCACAAAUCAGACAUUGAAAUGUCUGGUCAGGACCGCAACCUGGACAUUCUGGCUGAAAAAACUGGACAUCUGGCAACCCUGAAUGCAGCGUGUCUGGCGCCAUUUUCUCAUUCUUCCUUCCCAAGUGCGUCACAGAGGAGGCGUCACUGAUCGAUGCACUGUCACUGCCUGUGCCAGAGGGGGCGCUGUGGUACUGGGCCUUCGCCUCCCUCCCCCCCCCGCUUCUGAAGUUAUACUCUUGCUUUAGCACACUCAGGGCAUGCCCUAAUCUCUAACCCAUUCAGGCGAUGCUAAAUAUCUGCUCACGUGCUGAAGUUUGUCUGUCAAGCUCGUUAUCACUAAUCACCUGGACACUCCAUAAACUGGAUGCGGUUUCCAUGAAUUAUGGGUAAUGGAGUUCUGAGUCAUUAAGAAAUGAGUCAGCCUUUUUCCCUGCAGUAUAAAAACCUGUAUUAUUGCAAUACCAAAAGAGAGAAAAGUUCACCAGCCCCAGGCCCCACAACCUGCCUCAAUGACUCUCUGAAGGAGAAACAAAUUUGGAAAGUUAACUGUGCUGAAGGGAAGUAGUGCUGAUUUACUGUGCAAGGUUUUGCUCUCAUGAGUUUUCGGUACAGAUGAUGGACAGACGUUCUCUUCUGAGAUGAAAAGCCAUUAUUGGGCAGGCCACACCCACCGCAUUGGAGUAUCGUGUAAAAAUACACUAUCUUUGAAUCUCAGUUAUUGUAAAUCAAAGAAGAAAAAAACUGAAUAUUAAUAACUUAAUUUGUGUUGUGGGAGAAGGGCUUAGACAAAAAUGUAUUUGUUUCUGGUAUCAACCACAAAAAAAAAAAGGCUGACUAAAACGUUUUGUACAAUCUGAUUCAAUGGCUGCAGGCAGCAACCUCGGGGAAGCUUUUGUAAGAAUUUUUUUUUUUUUUUUAAACUGAGAAAAAUCACGUCUGAUUUGUUAUUUUUCCCUCGUUUUGUUUUGGUCCGAUAAUCGUUUAACAUUCCACGUGUUUUUCAUCUGAUCAAAUAAGGCAAGCAUUUUAUCAUAUGGAAAAUCAGACAUUUCAAAAGCCUUAAAUUCUGCAAAACAGCACUUGCUACCGGUGGACUCAUUUAUUUCUGCACACGAGGUGAACUUCCUUAAAACAUACCUUAAAGGUUUUUUAAAAAAUACAUUUCAUAUUUUCACCCUUGGUUUUAACUGCCAUAACCUCAGUUUUAUGACGUCCAAGUUUGUGCCUGUUUGGCCAAAGUGCCCGUAGCUUUUUUGGUGGAAAUGUGCUGGGCAAUAAGUGCAUUUUGGGGGACUCUGUGUCACAUGCAUUAAUCUGGGGUUUCUGGAGAGUCGUUGAAGUAAAUGUAUGUCUGUGUGUAUACAAAUAACUUGUAUACAUAUAUUUCAUAUAUAUAAAAUAUGUGAAAUAUAUACACAAUAUACACCGCCUGCACAUCCACACACAUACUUUCUUUUCACUGUGAUAACAGCUGAACCUUGUUUACAAAAUGCUAAGUGUUUACAGAACCGCAAGAAUAUAUACAUAAAUAUAUAUAAAAUAUAUUUAUAUAUAUAUAUAUAUAUAUAUAUAAUGCACACACGCAUGUAUCAUUGAGGAAUCAUACUCCGUACUUUUUUAAUCCAUUUUCGGGCAGCUUUCCUGUUAUGCUGGUCGUCCAUCACACGGCUGAGGUACGAGAGGGGAUUUCUGUUCAGUUUGUAAACCGAAGCCCUGCUUUCCAUUCGCGUGCUGUACACACACAUCCUUUUUCCUCUUCGUUUUGUUUGUUUGGUUUUGAUUUGUUUUGCCAUUUUGUUUUUGCCGCGUAAAAAUUCCAUUGAUAAGGAGAGGAAACAUUUCAGGUGAUAAGGGAUCGACGUUUUGACAACAAUUGGCAGUCACUGCCGUCUUCUUCUGCCGGUAUUGUUUGUUUCGCAUCAAUAAAAAUAAGGCUUUUUUUUGUA